GAUCUUCUGAAAUCUUUGAAGGAGCAACGCAACCAGCAGAGAAUCAUUAACACAUUACAAUGAAUCAGGACAUUUGCAUAGCAUUGGUUGGUAAAACAGGAGUUGGCAAAAGUGCUACAGGAAAUACCAUUCUCGGUGACAAGAUAUUUGUGUCAGAGGCAAAACCUGCAUUAGUUACUAAAAAGAGUUCAUCUGCAUCACGGAUGAUAAAUGGAAGGCAGAUUUGUGUUGUGGACACUCCAGGUCUAUAUGACUCACAACUGUCCAAUGAAGCAGUCUUAAAUGAUACUGUGAAUUGCAUCAGACAUGCAGCUCCAGGUUGUCAUGUCUUUCUUCUUGUAAUUGCCAUUGGGCGCUUCACUGAACAAGACAGAAACAUCGCUAAAUUGAUUCAAACAGCCUUUGGCCAAGAAGUGCACAGACACAUGUUGGUCUUGUUUACUAGGGCAGAUGAUCUUGAAGAAAGAACAAUGGAAGAUUACAUUAGGGGGGCACCAGAUGUGAAACAAGUGAUAAAUGCAUGCGGAGGAAAAUACCAUAUAUUCAACAAUAAAGAGAAGUCAAACCGUACACAAGUUGAUGAGCUCGUGGGCAAGAUUGUAGCCAUUAUAAAGCAAAAUAAUAACAGCUUCUACAGCCCCCACAUGUUUAAAAUGCCAAAUGAACUCAACAGUGCUAAGAAAAACAUUAAAAAAAAAGAUGACGACCUGGAGACAGAAAUCAGAAGUCAGAAGUCAGAAAGGAGUUUGACUCGGAAAAAGGACAUUCCAGUGCACAGAGGAGUACGGCCAAGAGGAAACAAAUUAAGAGCAUUUCGUGAAGGAAUGAGUAAGUCAUCAUGCAGCAUAUUGUAGUAUACUUGAGAAUGUGAGGUUAGCACCUUAUAAAAUGCAUAAAUCGGGUGCUACAAAAUGCACAUGUCAGAAGAGAAACAUUAAAUCAAUGUUAUACUCUUAACAAUUCAUGUUUUAUUAAUUGUUUUAUUUUUAUUUUUAUUUUUUUUGUUUUUUUUUUUUUUAAACAUAUAUGUGUACUUUGUGUAUGCAUUUAUUUGUCUGAUUAAACAUAAUCAAAUAAUCAAAUAAUCUGCUUAAUUCACUAGGAAUUUGAUUGGGGUUUGAAGUUUGACUCUGUAUUAGUCCUGCAUUGUUUUUUUUUUUUUUUUUUUUGUUUGU